AUGGGUUGUCGUCUGAGCUCUUAUGCUAAACCUGAGACUGUGAAUAAGGCUGAUCAAGAGAAUGCUAAUGGUGUCCAACAACAUCAAGUUAGUAGUGUUGGACAGGGUGAUUACGUGAGUUGUAAAAUUGCAUAAGGAUUUAGUUUACAUUAAUGAUAGGGUAGGGUAGGGUAGGGUAGGGUAGGGUAGGGUAGGGUAGGGUAGGGUAGGGUAGGGUAAAGUAGGGUAGGGUAGGGUAGGGUAGGGUAGGGUAGGGUAGGGUAGGGUAGGUAGGGUGGAGUAGGUUCUUUUGUUUCAACCUAAUAUAUUUAAAAUAUUUUUCAGAUUGAUGGCAUUGACAUCUCACGCGUCGGUAGAAUUAACAUAUUUAUGUAUGGCGACUCAACUGAACUAACAGUUCAAGGUUAUAUAAUUGGUAGUGAGGUGUACAAAAUUAGAUUUUGCGAUGAAUACGAUGUUAUUUUGGAAAAACUGAAGCUGUGCCUCAAGAAGAAACGUAAAUUUGUUCUUCAAAUUUAUUUUUUCGAUGAUUUAUGUGUAUGGUCUCCAUCUUUGCUCAACGUCAUGGCCGACUUCUUUUUGAGUAAGUCAUCGACUUCCAAACCUUAUAUUAAUUUUAGUAAGGGCCUAGGAUGCGGUAUGAACGUAGUAAACGGUAAAAUCUUAGAUCUUAAGUUACGGCAGAACCGGCAGCACAAUAUGCACUAGGUAUUGAGGGCUUAGGGUUCGCUAAGUUCUUGGGUACGUCAGGGCCUGGAAUACCGUAGAGGACUUAUGUACGAUCUAAAUUACAGCGCUGUGAAAAACAUAAUUCAAAACUCUGUUUUUAGACACACUGCCAGCGAUAGAUGAACUUUAUAUUUAUGGAGCUCCAGAAAACGUUAACGUUUCAUUCAUCGACUUCUGCAGAAAAAUUCAUCCUAUAGUUGAACGUUUGGCCAUCAACAACCCGACUAUUUUAAGGUUUCUCAUUGACUUUCAAAUCAAAUCGUUAGCACCAGAGUCAACUGUGUCUCUUCGUAAGUGUUUAUUUCUUGUCCGAUUGUCUGGCUUACCUCACUAGCGAAUUGCACCAAAUAUCUCUCGGCUUUUUGAACGAGACCUAUAUAGCAUGAAAGAGCAUAAAAAGUUACCAGAAAAACUGUUUUCAAAAACUGCUAAAUAGCCUUGGCUAACGAGUUACAGUAUGCUCUAUAUCCUUUUAUGUUUAAAAGGUAUAGCUUUAAAGUUCAAAAAAAUGACAUUUUUUGAUAAUUAUUUUUUUUUAAAAGCAUCUAAAAGCAAAAAAUACGACAUAAAAAAUAUUUUUUUUAAUCUAAAUAUUGUUUGUUUAGCUAAAACUUCUUGUCAUUAUUUGUGGUCGCCAAAAUGAAACCGACGGGAUUUGAAGUUCCCCCUUCUGCACUCCAGGCUAACUUCUUAACCACUCGACUACACUGGAUUGAAGCUUUAGUCCAUUCGUUUGCCUCAAGUCGAAUGAGAAGGAUCAAAUAAAAAACCUUAUGUGAAUCCUUUAAUCACUAAUAUCUUGCUAGCCGAAUCCAUUUAGCAGUUUUUGAAAACAGUUUCCACGGUAACUUUUUCUGCUCUUAUCCUAUAUAGGUCUCGUUCGAAAAGCCGAGGGAUACUUGGUGCAAUUCCCUAGUUAACAUGCCAAGCUUGACUCUAUCAUAUUCUAACUUUCUUUAUUUGACUUGGUCUUUUUUACCUUGACUUAACUUUAUCUUAACAUGCCCUAUUUUACUUUACGUUGCCCUACCCUAUUUACUAAGAUCAAUAACACUUUGUUUUUUAGGUUGGAUGCCAUUGAAGUACACUCAAGCGAAUCUCGUUACCUUUAAUAAUUGGUCAAUGCUGGAAGUACUUGCCCAACAAGAUAUUGUAAUGCAACAAGUUCGCUCUGCUACCUUUUAUAAAUAUCAACGUGAAUCUUCUAAUUUGAAGUUGAUUUUUGAAAACGUUUUCAACAUGUUUCCUUCCUUAGAACAUCUUACACUUGAAGGUUAUAUAUACGUGCGGGAGCAGAAUGAACCAAGUAUGUUGGUGUUGAGGCUAGGGAAAGGCUAAAAUUAAUGAUGUUCGACUAGAAUAGUCUGUGUAAGAGAGAGAGGAUGAGCUUUACCAUGAAGAAGAAUGAGUAGAAUAGCAAAGAUAAAAAGAAAUAUUUCAUUGUAAAUUUGUUUGUUUCAGUUCUGAAUCACGAACUGUUCACCUACACUCGCACCGUGUUUGACACGUUUGAGAGGAUGUUGGACUGGAACCAGGGAAAACUCAACAUAAUCAUUAUCUUCUUUGCCUAUUUCAACGUCCCGGUUAACGAGGAUCUGGCAAGAAAAAUGACAGAAUUUGCUGGAUACGAAUGUUGCUACAAGAACGGCUAUUUUGUUUUAGAAGUAUCAAUGUCUAAUGUAGAUUUGAGGAUGGUUGUACAAUCAGAAUAA